AUGGCUUUUACAAACAUUUUUUUGCAUUAUUCACCGAAACAUCGAAAGGCUUCAAGUGUAGCGUUGGUUAGGAAGGCGUCGACUGGCUUCGUUUGGAGUAGCCGUUGGCUUUCCUCGCACGGGAGGUCGCUCCGGCGGGUUUCCCCAUGCUCGUUGGCGAACGCAAAGCGUGCUUGUCGGGCGCUGCAGAUCACCUCGACAUUAACUCCACCGUUCCCGGUGGGUGCCGGCCCGCGUGACGGCGCUGGUGCUGCUUCCCAGAACAAUGGUGCGCCCGCUCCAACUUCGGUCCCAAAGACGGAUCACAUGUCGAGGCGUGCGCAGGCCCUGCGGGCGUUUUUGCGCAGUCACAAGUCGCUUCUUCGGUGUGGUGACGGCUUCCAUACAGAAGCCGCGAACACCUGCCGGAAAAAUGAUACAGCGCUGAUGUUCGUCCCUAUCGAAGAGAUUGAGUCAUAUCGUGGUAGGAGGAGUUUUCAGGGCGCUGACGUGGCGGCAGUCAUUACGACCAAUGCGGAGGCGAUCAUCGAAGCUGGCAUUGCGGCUGCAAGGGUGAAGAAAGAAUGCUACGAGGGAAAAAAUCUGGCAACGCUGAGCCGCACCGAAGCCAUCGAGGAACAGCUCGCCAACGACAUGCGCGAUCAGCUUCGCAUUGUGAGUUAUGCGGUGCUGGCUCAGGAGGAGAAUGCACCGCCAGUUGACUUUUUGCACCGACGCAACGUUGCAUUACUACUGGAGCUCUACCAUGAACUUGGGCUGGAUUUGAGCCGUGUUAAAGACGGCUGGCAAGCAAUGGCGCGCAAAAUCCAGGAGCUCUGUCCGGAUCCGUCCUGGUAUGAAAAACGUGUCAAGCCUGCUGUUGAGCAACUGCUGGGCGCCUUUGGGAACUAG